AAGUGAGAAAAUCAUCGAUUCUCCUUUGUUUCGCCUAACCCAGUUUCCUAAUAAAUCUCAGCAUCGUUCACCAAUCCCAAUCUCUCCAUUAGAGAGAGAGAUCGAUUCAAAAGCUUGAUCAACCCAAGUCGAAUCCUUGGGAGACGAGAACAUACUCCUAAUAAAAUUUCCAAUUUGUUUAAGGACAUUUGGGUUGCCCUGAAUAGUGGUUUUAGUUGUUUAUGCUGAAUUUGGUGUCAUUCAGAUUCCUGAAGGAUCUUCUGUUUGAUACUGUUUGCUUCAUUUGAUCUGCAUCUUAAAGUUUAAAGUUCAGCGCUCAAUUAGUAAGAAAGUAGAUUUUUCCAACAGGCUGCUGAUAGGAUUGCUCCCCUGCGGUAAGCUUCAUUUUUGUGCUAGUUUCAUGACCAUGACUCAGUAUAAGAUAUCUAUAGCUUCUGUUUUUGGUGAUGUGACAUGAGAGUUAUAUGUGGUGUACAUACGGUUUUGACCUUCAUUUGUUCUUGAUUUGUUUUCUCGGUUUCACGGUUGAUUUGAGAAAAACAAUGGUUUUUGCCUUGAUAUAUUUCCUUUUUGAGAAAAAAAUAGUAUUUUUUGAAACUCGAUAAGCGUUUCUAACUCUCUCGAUGCUUGAGUAGCUUACACAGUGCUUACAAGAUGGCUGGUGUAAAGCGAAAAUUAAGUACCGAGUCAGAUGUUCAUGCUCUUCACAAAGAACUGGAUGAGGUUUCAUGUCCUGUUUGCAUGGAUCACCCACAUAAUGCUGUUCUACUGCUGUGCAGCUCUCAUGACAAAGGUUGCAGGUCCUACAUCUGUGAUACCAGUUACCGACAUUCCAAUUGCCUCGACAGGUUUAAGAAACUGCAUUCUGAAUCCCCAAAUGACCCUACUCCCGAGGCCAACUUGGCUUCAAGGGAAACUAAUAAUGAAUCUCAAAACGAGCAUGGUACAACCAGUCGAAGCAAUUUUCACAGUGGCUCUGGUAACCGAGGCUCUGUUGGGGAUUAUGAAUCGCUAAGGAGGAGGAGAAGAGUGGAGGACGAAGAACAGUCAGAAGAUUUCACAAAUUUGAAAUGUCCACUCUGCCGGGGUACUGUUUUAGGAUGGAAGGUUGUAGAAGAAGUAAGAACAUAUCUUGAUCUUAAGAACCGAAGUUGCUCCCGAGAAUCCUGCUCAUUUACUGGCAACUACCAGGAUCUGCGCCGCCAUGCCAGAAGGACACACCCAACAACUCGUCCUUCAGACACUGAUCCAUCAAGAGAGAGAGCUUGGAGGCGGCUUGAGAACCAGAGGGAGUAUGGAGAUAUAGUCAGUGCAAUCCGUUCUGCCAUGCCUGGUGCUGUUGUAGUAGGAGAUUAUGUUAUAGAAAACGGAGAUAGGUUCCCAGGUGAGAGGGAAGCAGGAAAUGGUGGGAGCGACUUGUGGACCACAUUAGUAUUGUUUCAAAUGAUUGGGUCUCUUGACAGUGGAGGUCCUAGUGGUAGUGGCAGUGGUAGCGGAUCAAGGUCUCACAGGUCAAGGGCAUGGAGGAAUCAUCGCCGUUCUUCAGAUAGACGAUACCUUUGGGGGGAAAAUCUAUUGGGUCUACAAGAUGAACAUAAUAACAACGAUGAUGAAGAGUUGCGUUUGCAGAACGAUGCAGGCGAUGCUUCUACUCCUGUGCCAAGAAGAAGACGAAGAUUUGGACGUCCUAGAUCAAGUGGAAAUCAUCCCCGAUAAAAGCCGAAUUGGCCGGUAAAAUUAAAUAUAAAUCAUUGGGUUUUGGUUGUAGAAACCUAUUGUGAUUACUGAAACUGGUUUUGUCUUUAGGUUCCCAUCGAUAUUCUCUCGGGUCAGAACCAGGCCGAUGCAAAGGGAAAGGUUUUGCUGAAAACCCGAGAGCCUUAGGAUUGUUUGGUGUUAUGUAAAUGUCAUUAUGAGCCUCGUUGUUGUGUCGCUCAUUGUAUACUAAGUAUGGUUUCUAUGUAAUGUCUUUUGCUUCACAUGGAAAAAAUGUUUUUUCUUUUUCCUUUUUU